AUGCGUUCCACGAUCCUCCUUCCUUUCCUCAGCCUCGUGAGCAGUGCUUUUGCCGCUCCCGUUGCAACUGUUCUGGAUCUUCGCGGAGAAGUUGGUCACGACGCUCUCAGCCCUCUCACACAGAAAGUUCAGGACAAUGCUGUCGGUAAAGCCAUCGCACGAUUCAACCCGCUCCUUCACAUCGCUCAUGGUUGCCAACCAUACACGGCUGUUGAUGAUGCCGGAGACACGAGUGGUGGCCUGAAGCCAAGCGGCAGCUCCAGCGGAGGCUGUAAAGACACUAGCAAGGGCCAGACUUACGCCAGAGGCACGUGGCACAACGACAAGUAUGCCAUCCUGUACGCAUGGUACUUCCCUAAAGACAUGCCAAACGACGGUGUGUCCACUGGCUCGCAUAGACAUGACUGGGAGAGUGUGGUGGUCUGGCUCAACAACCCCUCCGUUGCGGACCCGAUGAUCCUGGGUGCAGCGGCUUCGGGCCAUGGCGACUACAAGAAGUCAACGGACCCGCAACGCGAGGGUGAAAGCGUGAAGGUGGAGUACUUCACGCAACUGUUGCUGAACCAUGAGCUUCAAUUCACUGCUACUGUCGGCAAGACAUACCCAGUCCUUGAUUGGGACGCUAUGUCGACGAACAUGCAAACUGCUCUUAACAACACCGACUUUGGCAGUGCCAACGUGCCUUUCAAGGAUGAGAACUUUACCGAGAAUCUCGAUAAGGCUUCUAUCUAG